GGACGGACCGAACGAGGGAUUUCCGGCCGGGGCUUCCACGCGGGGAGAGGGAGGCCGGCUUGGGUACUUCGGUGAAAAGCAAACUCUUUGGCUUCACAUGGUUGCUGGACCCAAGGGGGAAAGAUGGAGGAGGCCAACCAGAAACAACAUCGCAAGAAGCACAGCGGUCCCAAGGCUGGCAAGAAAAAGAAGCGCCAUUUGAAAGAUUUAGGAAUCGAAGAUGAAGAGGAUGCAAGGAAGAGAAACCCCAAGGCCUUCGCGGUCCAGUCUGCAGUCCGCAUGGCCAGAUCCUUCCACAGGACCCAGGAUCUGAAAACCAAAAAGCACCAUAUUCCAGUGGUGGAUCGCACUCCCUUGGAACCCCCUCCAGUAGUGGUGGUGGUGGUUGGCCCUCCCAAGGUUGGCAAAAGCACCUUGAUAAGAUGCCUCAUUAAGAACUUCACAAGGCAGAAAUUGGUCGAAAUUCAGGGCCCUGUCACCAUCGUGUCAGGUAAAAAACGCCGGCUAACCAUAAUUGAAUGUGGGUGCGAUAUUAAUGCGAUGAUUGAUCUUGCCAAAGUUGCCGAUCUGGCUUUGAUGCUGAUCGAUGCCAGUUUUGGAUUUGAAAUGGAAACCUUUGAAUUUCUGAACAUUUGUCAGGUCCAUGGCUUCCCCAAGAUCAUGGGAGUUCUUACACACCUGGACAGCUUCAAAAAUAACAAGCAGCUCAAGAAGACCAAAAAGAGAUUAAAGCAUCGGUUCUGGACCGAGGUUUAUCAGGGUGCCAAAUUGUUCUACCUUUCCGGCAUGGUGCAUGGAGACUAUCAAAAACAGGAAAUCCACAAUCUAGGGAGGUUUAUCUCCGUAAUGAAAUUCCGCCCCCUGACUUGGCAGACAACUCAUCCCUACGUCUUGGUGGACAGGAUGGAAGAUUUGACAAACCCAGAGGCAAUCAGAGUUAAUCCAAAGUGCGACCGGAAGGUUUCCCUUUAUGGUUAUCUAAGAGGAGCCCACUUGAAAAACAAAAGCCAAAUACACAUGGCAGGUGUCGGGGAUUUCACUGUCAGCGACGUCAGCUUCCUGCCAGAUCCUUGCGCCCUUCCUGAGCAUCAAAAGAAACGAGGCUUGAACGAGAAGGAGAAACUGAUCUACGCCCCGCUCUCGGGGGUGGGGGGCUUGGUAUACGACAAAGACGCCGUGUAUAUUGACCUCGGGGGAAGCCACUCCCACCGGGGCAGAGAGGAGGAAGAAAGACCGAACCACGAGCUCGUCCAGAGUCUCAUCUCGGCACAAUCCACCAUCGAUGCCAAGAUGGCUUCCAGCAAAGUCUCUCUCUUCAUGGACUCCAAGCCUUUAGAGACAGCGGAUGUUGAAAACGAGAGCAUUUUUCCCAUGCCGAAAGAAGAAAUGGAAGCAGACCCACGGACUGGGAGGACGCGCCGGAAGGCAGUGUUUGAAAAUGAAGACCAAAGUGAUGAUGAUGAGGAAGAGGAAGAGGAGGAAGAGGGAAUGUCUGUGGAGGAGGGCGUGGGAGACUCGAGUGACAAUGACGAGGAAGGCGAAGACGACCAUUUUCUACGCCAGAAUCUGGUCUCCGGGUCUUCCGAGCGCAGCAAAAACCAAACGGAGCCUCUGCUCCUCGCAGAGCGGCCAGCCUUCGCUGACAGUGACGAUGACCUUGAGGAGAAUUCAGGGGAGGAGGAGGAGGAGGAGGAAGAAGAUGACCCUGAAGAGACAGACGGAAGCGAAGAGGAGGCAACCCUUUCCAAAUAUACCGCCGGAAACCCAGCUCGGUUGAAUAAGCCUCUAUCGGACGAAAUGGACCACAAGAUGAGGAACAGAAGAAAGCUGGUCAAGAAAGCAGCCUGUAUCACCUUGAUUGAAAAGGUUACUCCUGAUGGAGCAUCGAUAUCGGAUUUAGGUGGACCUCCAUUGUGGGAAGAGGACGGCCCCGUGGAGGAGGAGGAGGAAGAGGAAGAAGAGGAGGAGGAGGAAGAGGACCUCCAAGGGUGGGACCAGGAAGAGACUCAACUACGAAGUGUUGACAUCAAGAUACAAGAUUCUGGGUCAAUGAAGAAUGAAGAUGAUGUGGAAGAUCUUUUGAAAGAGGACGAAGACUAUAAAGAGGCGUCUGAUUUUUCUUCAGAAACAAUUGGAGCUCUGAAAUGGAAAGAAGACCUCACCCAAAAGGCAGCCGAAACCUUUUUGAGACAGCAACAGGCUGCUCCGAAUCUCCGCAAACUCGUUUAUGGCACAGUGGCUGAGGAUGCGGAAGAGGAGGAGGAAGGAGAAAGAGAUGCGGAACUCGGCGGGCUGUUUCGCGUCAGCCGUCCUGACAAAGAAUCGAAACGAAAGAUUGAUGCUCUGGAUUGCUCCAAAUUUCCCACGGAAGCCCCACAAGACUGGGACCUGGACGAGGUGAAGGACAGCAUCCGAGAUUGUUUCGUGACCGGAAAGUGGGAAGCGGACAAAGACGCAGAAAAACUGUUGAAGGAAGAUGAAGAAAUAUACGGUGAUUUUGAAGAUCUUGAGACAGGAGCAGUAUAUAAAGGCCGAUCAGCUGAUCAAGGAGACGAGGCGGAAAACGAAGAGGAAGAAGGCAACGCGGGAAAGAGCCCCGAAGCGGCUAAGGAGGAAGAGGAGCAGAAGAAACGCAUCGCGAAGAAACGCAAACUGAAAGAGAUGUUUGACGCAGAGUAUGAUGGGAACGCCACCUAUUUUGAUGACCUGAAAGAGGAGCUGCAGAACCAGGCUCAGCUUAACCGGCUGGAGUUUGAAGAUCAAGAUGAUGAAACCCGAAUUCAGUACGAGGGCUUCCGACCAGGCAUGUACAUCCGGAUAGAACUGGAGAACGUCCCGUGUGAGCUGGUGCUGCACUUUGAUCCGCGCUAUCCAAUCAUCCUGGGCGGCCUGGGAAACACGGAAGGAAACGUGGGCUACGUGCAGAUGCGGUUGAAGAAGCAUCGCUGGCACAAGAAGAUCCUCAAAACCCGGGAUCCUCUGAUUCUUUCUCUGGGCUGGAGGCGCUUCCAGACAAUUCCUGCGUAUUACAUCGAAGACCACAACGGACGUCACAGGCUGCUUAAGUAUACGCCACAACACAUGCACUGCGGAGUAACAUUCUGGGGACCCAUAACUCCACAAGGGACCGGGUGUUUGGCAGUCCAGUCCGUGAGUGGUACAACGGCUGAUUUUCGGAUAGCCGCCACUGGCGUUGUGCUCGACUUGGAUAAGUCCAUCAGGAUUGUGAAGAAAUUAAAGUUGAUCGGUUUCCCUUUCAAAAUUUUCAAGAAUACAGCUUUUAUUAAGGGGAUGUUUAACUCUGUGCUGGAAGUGGCUAGGUUUGAGGGGGCAGCCAUCCGUACGGUGAGCGGCAUCCGAGGACAGAUUAAGAAAGCCCUCAGGACCCCCGAGGGGGCCUUCCGAGCAACUUUCGAAGACAAGUUGUUGAUGAGUGACAUCGUAUUCAUGCGAACGUGGUACCCUGUGUCUACCCCUGCCUUCUAUAAUCCGGUCACCUCUUUACUGAAGCCUCCGGGUGAGAAAUCCUCCUGGGUAGGAAUGAAGACCACGGGGCAGCUGAGACACGAGAGGGGCAUCAGGCUGAAACAAAACAAGGAUUCCCUCUAUAAGCCGAUAACCCGAGAGAAGAAACAUUUCAACAAGCUGCAUAUUCCCAAAGCUCUUCAGAAGGCCUUGCCGUUUAAGAAUAAGCCCAAGUUCCAAGAAAGGAAAAAGAAAGUCCCCAAGGAUCAGUGGAGACCGGCUGUGAUCAGGGAACCGCACGAAAGGAAGGUGGCAGCGCUUCUCUCGGCUCUGGGCACGGUACACAACCACAAGGCGCAGAAGAACAAGGCGCAGCACCGCCAGCAGGUCAGAGAACACCAGAAGGGCCAAGCGAAAGAGGAAGAAGCGAAGCUGAAGAGGCAGAAGGAAGCCAGGAAGAAACUCUUCCGUGCUAUCGGACAGAGGGAGAAGAAGAAGCAGAAGUCAAGCCUGAAGGGCCCUGUUGGAAAAGAGUAAGAAGCGGCGAUGUGCAGAAGCCCCGUGAGAAGCAGUCUUGACCUCCACAGCACUGCUGGCUUGGAGGAUUACAUUCUGGAAAACUGGUGAGACCACGGCCAUUGCUGAGGAAUGGAGCCUCCAGAGAAGGCCCUGUUUUAACAGCCCAAGAGAGUUUCCCAUCUGUCUGCCUUUCUCAUAACACCUGUCAGUAAGGAUUGAGACACUUAAUUCUGGGAUCUCUAAUGAACAAGAGAUCUAAAAAUAUUCCGGCUUGGUUCUGGGCUUGAGAAAGGCAGUCACUCAUAUCCGAAAAAGAGCUCUCCAGUUGUAAACGGUCUUCGAUGAUGCCUUAUUUGCGUGGGAUGCUGAAAUAAUCCUAAAUAUAUUUUAUAUUCUAGUUUGGGAAGGGACUGAUGUAUGGUGUUUUUUUGUUUUUUUUUGCGGGCAAAUGGAAUGGUUUUUUUUGCUGGUUUCUGGUGGACAGGAAAUGCUUCUCCGACGCUCUGAUCUUAAUAGGGUGGCUUGAAAAACUCCGCUCAUUGAAAGUUGAGUCGGUUGGCAGAUUUCAAAGGUAAGUUUGACAGGAGGAUCUGGAGCUGGAGGAAAAAAGGGGUCGUGUUAUGAGAUGAUGUUGGCUCGUUCCAAGAAAGGAAACAGUAGCUAUAAUAUGUGUCAGUCCUUGGCUUAAGAACCAUUCGUUUUGUGACUGAUCAAAGUUACAGCGGCA